UUUUUUUUCUAACCUAGUGUUCAACAUUAGAAGUCAACUUUUAUUUAAAGACAAAUGUUGAUGUCUGACAACGAGUAGCUAAAUCUUAAUUUACCAUGCUACCUUUGCGAACAUUUUUAAUUAGACAUAGAUAUAACUUUAAACAUGUACUUAAAGCACAAGAUCAUUUAAAAGUGUUAAAUGCUGGCUAUAAAAGUCAUUUAAGUUUAGAUAAAAUUUAUCCUAACAGUGAUUCUGAUUACCUUAGAAUUAAAAAAAGUGAUUUGGGUUCUGCAAAAAAAGGUCAACAACAAGAAGAGGUAUCUGAUCAAUCUAAAGAACAGUUUAGUGGAUUUAUUCCAAUUGAUUCAUUACAAAUAAUAACAUCAAGAAGUAGUGGACCUGGUGGUCAAGGGGUUAACACAGCCAACAGCAAAGUUGAAGUAAGGUUCCACUUAGAGUCUGCUGAAUGGAUACCAAACUGGAUUAAACCAAAACUCUCUGAACAAGAACAAGGCAGGCUGACAAAAGAUGGAUAUUUGAUAGUUAAGUCUGAUAUGACACGCAAGCAGUUGUUGAAUCAAGCAGAUUGUAUGAAUAAAAUCAGACAAAUGAUAUUCACUGCAUCUUUUAUCCCCAAGAAACCAACAAAAGAAGAUGUUGAGCUUCAUGAAAAAAGAAAAAACAAGAUAAAAGCUGAAGUUCUGAGGGAGAAGAGAAUCAGAUCAGUUAUAAAAAGUUCAAGAUCCAAUCCAGAGUUAUGAGUUGUGUAUGAAGUUUUUUUUUUAAACUUUUGUCAAUUAAAUUUUAUUUCAUGCCUUUUCUAA